AUGAAAAGAUCUCAAUCACAAACACGCUUUGAGAAUAAAAUAAACAUGGCGACUGUCGAGUCUAUGGUUGUGGAAGAGCAGCGUGAACCCGAGAAGCCGGUGGACAGGGAAAAGACCUGUCCCCUUUUAUUGAGAGUAUUUAACAACAUUGGACGACAUAACCAAAUGAGCGACUACCACAGAGGUCAAACACCAGCAAACGAGCUUCAGAUCUACACAUGGCUAGAUGCAACACUCAAGGAACUCACAAGUCUCGUCAAAGAGGUCAAUCCCGAUGCCCGGAGAAAGGGAACAUUCUUUGACUUUGCGAUUGUGUAUCCUGAUCCCCGUGCACCAGUUUACAGACUGAGGGAGAUUGGGACUACCUGUGCUGGUCACCGAGGGCAGGAUGAUGGGGUCAGUUUGGCCAACAAAAAAUUCGUCAUCGGAGAUUUUCUUGAUAUAGCAAUCACACCACCCAGAAAUGACCGACCAAAUCAAAGGAGAAACAGGCCUCCGUUUUGAAUGAGUGACUUUAUGUAAACUAUUUGUUUGGUAAAAAAGCAAGCUAUCAUGAAAGGAUAAUUGAGUUUAUCAUUGUAUCACUCAUCAAAUUUGUGCUCAUGAAAUAUUGUACAUGUAAAAAGUAUAUGAUUUGGCAUCUACAUGUGUUCAAUGCAUUACUCAUAGCAUUUAAGCAGUAUUUUUUUUAUUUCAUGUAAGGAUCUUUAUCAAAACUGAAUAUUAUGGUGGUAACUAAAGAUCUCCCACUGAAACAUGGUGAAUGUGUUGAAGAAUGUUCAUAUUAGGGAAAAAUUGAUUAAAUUUUAUUUUUAAGCACA